AUGGCGACGGUCUUCUCGGCGGAACAGGUGGCAUGUGUGUGUGAGGUCCUCUUGCAGAGUGGUCACAUGGAGCGCUUGGCUGGCUUCCUCCGAACUCUUCCACCCUCCUCCUGUCUGGGGGACCUGGAGAGCGUCCUGAAGGCGCAAGCUGCUGUGGCCUUUCAUCAGGGGCACUUCUCUGACCUCUACGCCCUCUUGGAGAGGUUUCCCUUCUCCCCCCGCAGCCACCCUCUGCUCCAGCACCUCUGGCUGAGGGCGCACUACCUGGAAGCUGAACGUCAGAGAGGGCGCCCCCUGGGGGCUGUGGGCAAGUAUCGUGUACGUCGUAAAUUCCCCCUGCCGAGAACCAUCUGGGAUGGAGAGGUGACCAGUUACUGCUUCAAGGAGAAAUCCCGGAGUGUCCUGAGGGAGUGGUAUUACCAUAAACCCUAUCCCUCGCCUUGUGAGAAACGCGAGCUUGCGGCUACCACUGGGCUCACAGCCACCCAGGUGAGCAACUGGUUCAAGAACCGACGACAGAGAGACCGCGCAGCUCAUGGAAAUAACGGUGAACUAGAAGGUUGUGGAUCAGCUCUAAGCUCCAACAGGACCCGAGACGCUUACCCCUCCUCUGAUGACCUUUCACCUCCAGAAAGUCCUCUCUUCUCCUGUGCCCGACCCCUCUCUCAGCCCCCUCCUUUGAGUCAUGUGGGUGGGAGACCUUUCUAA